AUGGUGUCAACACCGACCAAGCGUGUGGGGGAUAGCGCAGGCCCCAAUGGCCCUAGAGGCGUCUCCGCUGCUUCUACCGCCAGAGGUUCGGACCAGUCGCCUGGUGCGCAGUCCAUGAAGAAGAGGAAUGGGAUACAAGAUGACCUGGCACGUCGGCUGGAGCAGGAUUUCAAGACAAAACACUUGGGUGUGUUGGGUGUACUGGCGUGGAUCCUGCUUCUGCACGUUGCCGGCAUCUACUUCUUCACAAAGGGAUUUCUUCUCACGCGCAUGGUCCUCGACAACGCAUCUUCCUGCCAGGUGCUUCCCUUCGACGACGCCUCAACGCAAUCACACUCGACACCGACGGCGCGCCACGGCGGGAAUGGUUGCUGGCAUGAGAAAUCUUUCGACAAGGCUGUUGUAAUCAUAAUAGACGCUCUCCGAUACGACUUCACCGUGCCAUUUACUCCGACGGAAGAGAGUGAUUCAGCCCACCUCUUCCAUGAUAAUAUCCCCGUGCUAUAUGAGACCGCAGUCAACAGCCCUGCCAAUGCUUUUCUUCUCCCUUUCAUUGCCGACCCGCCGACCGCUACUCUGCAGCGAUUGAAAGGGCUGACCACGGGGACCUUGCCCACCUUCAUUGACGCGGGCUCAAACUUCGCAGGGACUGCCAUUGACGAAGAUAAUCUGGUCGCCCAGUUACACAGCGCCGGGAAGAGGUUGGUUCACCUCGGUGACGACACCUGGCAGUCUCUGUUUCCGGGGUAUUUCGAUGCCAACCUCACUCACCCCUACGACUCGUUCAAUGUUUGGGACCUGCACACCGUUGACAACGGCGUGAAUGAACACCUCUUCCCGCUCCUUCGUCCGGAAAAUCGCACUCAGUGGGACGUGAUCUUUGGCCAUUACCUUGGUGUGGAUCAUGCUGGUCAUCGCUAUGGACCUGACCAUGCAGCCAUGGCCGCGAAGCUUCAAGAGAUGGACCGAGUCAUCCGUGAUGUGAUAGCCGCGCUGGACGACGAUACUCUCUUGGUCGUCAUGGGUGAUCACGGAAUGGAUAAAAAGGGCGACCACGGGGGCGAGUCGAGCGAUGAGGUUGAAGCUGCCCUAUGGAUGUAUUCCAAGCGAGGGGCGUUCGGUCGCUUGAAUCAGCAGACUCUCCUGCCGCCCCAACACCCACGAGAACGCUCUGUUCCCCAGAUUGAUCUUGUCCCAACUCUGUCUCUGCUGCUUGGAAUGCCAAUUCCUUUCAACAACCUGGGUUCUCCCAUCGAGGAAGCCUUUGUGGGACCAAAGGGGAACAACUGGGCAAAUUUGGUGUCCGUCAAUCGUCUCACCUCCGCUCAAAUCAAGAGAUAUCAGCACCAAUAUGCAAUUGCACGAGGCGCGGGUGACGACGACGAGUCUUUGUCGCUCUGGUCCGCGGCGGAAGAGGAAUGGAAGAUCGCAUCGAAGAGCACAGCCAAGUCCACGACGGUCCGUGCCAGUUAUGAUCUUUACCGGAAAUACCAGCGACACACACUUGAUGUGUGCCGUGGGCUGUGGGCUCGGUUCGAUGUGUCCAACAUGAUCGAAGGAGUCAUCAUUCUGUUUGCCGGUAUUGCUGUAUUGGUACUUUACGCUCGAGGUCUGAAGGCGGACCGAACCGAGCUCACGCCUCAGUUGCUUUCGUCUAUCUGUGUGGGAUCUGGGCUGGGUGCUGUGGCCGGUGCUGGGUUGGCCCUUUUUGGCCUCACGAACAUGGCCUUGCUUGAUAUGUCAGUAUUACUGGCUGCGCUGGGUGGCAUCAUUGGGGCCUCGCUCGCUCUGGUGAAGAAGCCUACAAAUCUGACUCUGCCUCUCCCCAAUGGCAUGUGGGGAUGGCUUUCUAUCUUCUUUACCGUUUCUCAGUCCAUCGGAUUUGCCUCGAACUCGUACACGAUUUGGGAAGAUGAGAUCCUGUUGUUUUUCCUCACCACCUUUGGCGUGUGUGCUGGUGUUUCGUCCAUGCGGCAGAAACUCACCACGGAUCGGGUGCUGGGUGUGUAUCACUCCAUUCUUUUCGUGAUCCUGGGCCGUGUGGCCUCGUUUUCCCGUCUUUGCCGUGAGGAGCAGAUGCCUUUCUGUCGUUCGACCUAUUACGCAUCUUCGACCUCCUCUGUCUCUGCUCCCUGGCAGCUUGCCAUUCCCUUCUUGGUCAUGAUUAUUCUUCCGGGUGUGGUGCGUGCCUUUUAUGCUGGCUCCAAGUCCUACGAAGGCGCCGCCACCUUGUGGAUUGGCUUUGCUUUCCGUUUCGGCCUUCUGGUCGCAUCGCUGUUUUGGAUGCUUGAAGGCGCGGAUGACGGCGAGUGGUUUUCCUUGCGCAAAGAGAACCUCAAGUCCAUCCGCGUAUUCUUGGCCCAACUUGUGUUUGCCAUCGCCUUUGGGGCUGGCACCGGUGCCUACCUCUACUCCAAGCCUUGUGUCAGCAUCAGCGUGAACAAGCCCCAGCCAGACGACCCCAACAACCCCCCAGCUCCCAUCAUUGCUGGCCAACAGCAACAACCCCGGACUACGGUGACGAUCCUGGGCUUCGGCAAUGUGUAUGGCACAAGGUUCUUUUUCCUGGUGGUGAACUUUGCACUUGCGAUCAUCCUUAUGCAAAAGCCCAUGGGCCAGGGCGCCAUCGCGCUGCUCGUAUGCCAGAUUCUGUCGCUUCUCGAGAUCCUCGAUACCAACGCCCUAACCCUCACCAACUCGGCCAUUGGGCCCGUGGUUCUCGGCGUCCUCGGCUCCUUCUACUUCUUCAAGACGGGUCACCAGGCUACUCCUAGCAGUAUCCAGUGGGAAACAGCCUUCAUCCCGCUGUCUACCAUCAAGUACCCCUGGUCCCCGCUGCUAGUGGUCCUCAACACCUUCGGUGCCCAGAUCCUGGCUGCCAUCGCCGUGCCUCUCACCGUGCUCUGGAAACGCCCCCUGAAAACCCAUGACCGAGACUCCCCUUCAUCAUCUUCUCCAUCUUCCAAGCCUCACAACCCAGCCGCCAAGCUCCUUUCCGACGUCGUCCAGGCCGCCUGCACCCACCUCCUCUAUUUGGCUACUAUCAACCUCGCCACAACCAUGUGGGCCGGCCACCUCCGGCGCCACCUCAUGCUCUACCGCAUCUUCAGCCCCCGUUUCAUGAUGGGCGCUGCUGUUCUGGCUAUUGUCGACGUCAUUCUUCUGCUGUUCGCUGUCACCGGCGUGCGCUGGAGCAUUCUCAGCGUUGGCGAGAUCUUCGGCUGGUGA